AGAAAAACAGCAGCUCACUUCCCCUUGCGUCUGCUGGACACAUACAUCCUGAGGCACAAUACUUUUACCUCCAGUUUGAAGGACAGCGGAGCGACAUCCCUCAGAAAAUCACAGCCGUCAAACCCCACAGGUGCCCGGAGAUGCCUAAUCUGAACAAUACUUCCAGUGUUACUUUUCCUCUGGAUGGAACCAGCUCUGUCGCAUUGGUGUGGAUCUACAGUCUGACACUAAUCGGCGGGAUCGUCGGGAUCAUCUUCAUGAGUUUCAUCCUGAGUCGGCAGAAGGACAAGCUUUCCAUCACGAACAUCUCCAUCAUCAACUUGGUGGUGGUCCACGGCACGUUUCUUCUCACGGUGCCCUUCCGGAUCCAUUACUUCGCUACCCAAACAUGGACUUCCAGCUUUUACUUCUGCAAGCUUAUAAGCAUCGUUAUCCACACACACCUGUACCUCUCCUUUUUCUUCUACUUGGCCAUCUUGGUGGUGCGGUUCUUACCUGUCAUAGGAAGGAAGCCGAUGGGCUUCAACCGGCCGUUAAUAGCGUUCCUCGCCAGUGCGACCGUCUGGCUGUGCUUCUUCCUUAGCAUAUUUCCACUUCUCUGGAUAAACUAUGGAAAAGACAAGAAGAAUAAGAAUGAUGGAACAUGCUUCGGGUUUCAGUCGGAUAUCAAGGAUUAUGUCAUAACUGUCAACAUCAUAUUGGCUGUCGUCAUAAUAGCUACUAGCUGUGCUGCCCUAGUCAUCCUGUUAUUGGUGCUAAUGAAGAUAGCAAGGUCAAACCAUGGGAAUCUCUUCUCCCACCAGGAGUUUCGGGCACAAAUAAACAACAUAAGGUUCAUCGCCAUCAUGUUUAUCUGUUUCCUGCCCUAUCACACCUUCCGGAUCUAUUACGUGUUGCACUUACACAACGAUCAAACUUUAGCAAACAAAAAUGAGGUAUAUUUGGCCAUUACGUCAUUGUGCUGCUGGGAUCUCCUGACGUUUGUUAUAAUUAAAAGGUGAAGGAUUAUCUCUCCCAUUUAUUCCGGCGUCAAAAAACGGACACUGAAGAAAAUCAGCUUCCAUACAUACAUCCAUCUUCUACUCGUUUAUCCUGGUUAAGACAGUGAGAACUAGUAUUCAGUGCUGUAUUUGGACAAUCCAGGACCAUCAUCAAACACUUGCUAAAAAUGCGGAACAUGAAGAAUGAUCCAUGAAUUAGACUUCACUUUCCAGUGAAGCAAUGGCUUUAUUGACAUUAUAAAGCAUGAACUAUCAAUUAUUACUAUUAUUUUCUGUGUAUAAAUGGAUAGAAAUCUUGUGCCUUGCAAACUUUGUUUUUUUUCACAGGUUACUGUUCAAAUGUCCUUUUUUAUCUUGGAUGUCAAAACAACUGUGUUUUAGACUGUAAACUUCAGCUGCCACAAAAGUAACUGUGUAGUAAAUAUGAUACAAAAAGUUAUCUGUCUGAAUGUGGGGGGUGGCGUUGCGUAGUGCAAACGGUAACAAAUGUUCACUAUGACAAACGGUCUUGCUGUAAGCGCCUAGCCUACAGCAUCAGUCGUCAGGUCAGUCGUCUGCUUCACUAAUAUAUUUUCCUAAUGUGAAGUACAUACAGCAUACUAUCUUUUAAAGAAUGUAUAAAAAGCCCGAUUUGAAAAACAAUGCAUGCAGCUCAUUUUAUACUACUUAUGUUUUGUGUUCCAUAUACAGAAUGCAAGGAUUGCAAGAUUCAAAUAACCACUGUUUUUUGCACAAGUUCCUCUAAUACUUUGGAAUGAAGAGUAACAGAAGCAUGUAGUUUUGAGUAUUCCCGAUAGUGUUAUAUGUGACAGGGGCACUCCAUCUUCCGUCUCAUAUUUCAGAGGACAAACGCACAGCUAGCACACCCUCCGGCCACAUCAAAAUGGCAGAUUAUUGAAGUUGCCCCUGUCGAGUAUCUUCAGUUUCUUCUAUAAUGGGGAACCCAAAAUAAAGUCUUGUCCAAGCUGAUUUGCCUGUUGCAUGUGGCUUGACUGGCACAUCAUUGUUGUGCUAUAGACUAAUAAAUUAUUAUAUACA